AGUAGCUACCAUUAUCGCCCCUCCCCUUUUUCUGUUGGAUUUAGUUUAUAAAUUGACCAAUAGAAGUAUUAAGAGGGGAUCCUGCAGAUGCAGGAAUGCCCACAUGCAGGAACGCCCGGAAUUACAGGCCGCAAUUGCACCCUUCUCACGUUAUUCCUUAUUGAGUAUGUUCUACAUAGAAAUAUGCUAUCUGAACGUUCCAAAACGCUGCAUCCCGCUGAACGCGGCACAUAUUGUUGACUGAACAAUGUGUAGCCUUAACAAAUGGUUAAGGGUCCGUCCGCAAUUAGUCUUGUUUUAGAACAGCUUUAUUAUUGUAAAAUGUGGCCUGCCAAUGCAUGAUAGAAAGAAAAAGACAUAGUGCCGGUAUUAUAUGUCAUAUCUUUCCACGGUAAUGGCUAAAAUCAAGACGUUUUCUCAAAGGAAAAGUGGGACACUUGGCUAGUGCGUUGUCUACAGAACCUGGCUAUGAAAUGCAAUGGUCAUCUCAGUUUCUGGACUUGAACGCCAUUGAAAACCUGUGAUUUGAAUUGAAGAGUGUAGUUCAUAAGCAUAGGCGAAGGAUAUCAAUGAUCUGGAAAGAUUAUGUAUGGAAUGAUCUAAGAUCCCUCCUAAUGUGUUUUUCAAUCUCAUAAAACAUUUUAGGAAAAAGCUCAGUGACGUUUUCCUCGCGAAGUUGAGGUAUUGAAAGGUAUUGAAAACACGGGUGCCAAUACUUUUGAACCCUAUCUUUUUGAGAAAAAAUAUGAUUACUUUUUAAACAAAAUCUCUUUGUCUGAGUAAUUGUAUUAGUUUAAAAUAGGAUUAAAAUAGUUUUUAUGUAGCAUACAAUAUAGCUCAGUAUGUGUUACUUAUUUUAUACAGUAUUUUUUUGCUCAUCUUUAUCAAGGAUGUCAAUAAUUUUGGUCCUGGCUGUAAAUUCAAAUCUAUGUAGUGUUUUCAGUAGUUAAUUCAUUUUGCGCCAUGUAGCGGUGUAGCUAACUACUGGAACUACACACUACUUUUUUUGCAAAAAGAAAAUAUAUACAAUAAAAUAUACAGUCUAUCUCAAGGCCUGCUGAGACUGCUGAAUACUGUUAAAUAGCCAUCACUAGCACAUUAGAGGCUGCUGCCCUAUAUACAUAGACUUGGAAUCACUGGCCACUUUAAUGAUCGAACAGUUAAGUAAACUAUAUUUUUCUUGAGGGAGGCUUUAGUUCUUCCUGUGUGAGGUAAUUGGUAGCUUGGUAAACUAUAUAUUUUCAGAGUAGCUUCCCCAACACUGCUCAUUCCCCCCUAGGCAACCCCGAUUGGCAUUCCACCCUAGGCAACCCCGAUUGGCAUGAUGACUCCUUGCUGUUCCCAGUCCACCUGGCCGUGCUGCUGCUCCAGUUUCAACUGUUCUGCCUGCGACUAUGGAACCCUGACUUGUUCACCGAACGUGCUACCUGUCCCAGACCUGCUGUUUUCAACUUUCUAGAGACAGCAGGAGCGGUAGAGAUACUCUUAAUGAUCGGCUAUGAAAAGCCAACUGACAUUUACUCCUGAGAUGCUGACGUGUUGCACCCUCGACAACUACUGUGAUUAUUAUUAUUUGACCAUGCUGGUCAUUUAUGAACAUUUUAACAUCUUGGCCAUGUUCUGUUAUAAUCUCCACCCGGCACAGCCAGAAGAGGACUGGCCACCCCUCAUAGCCUGGUUCCUCUCUAGGUUUCUUCCUAAGUUUUGGCCUUUCUAGGGAGUUUUUCCUAGCCACCGUGCUUCUACACCUGCAUUGCUUGCUGUUUGGGGUUUUAGGUUGGGUUUCUGUACAGCACUUUGAGAUAUCAGCUGAUGUAUGAAGGGAAAUAUAAAUUGAUUUGAUUGGCAGGACAAAGGCCUACAGAAGAUAGCUACAGUUGAUGUUAGAAGUUUACAUACACUUUACAUACACAAUUUCUUGUUAACAAACUAUAGUUUUGGCAAGUCGUUUAGGACAUCUACUUUGUGCAUGACACAGAUAUUUUUGCAACAAUUGUUUACAGACAGAUUAUUUCACUUAUAAUUCACUGUAUCACAAUUCCAGUGGGUCAGAAGUUUACAUACUAAGUUGACUGUGCCUUUAAACAGCUUGGAAAAUUCCAGAAAAUUAUGUCAUGGCUUUAGAAGCUUCUGAUAGGCUAAUUGGAGGUGGAGGUGUACCUGUGGAUGUAUUUCAAGGACUACCUUCAAAUUCAGUGCCUCUUUGCUUGACAUCAUGGGAAAAUCAAAAGAAAUCAGCCAUGACCUUAGAAAAAAUUUGCAGACCUCCACAAGUCUGGUUCAUCCUUGGGAGCAAUUUCCAAACGCCUGAAGGUACCACGCUCAUCUGUACAAACAAUAGUACGCAAGUAUAAACACCAUGGGACCACGCAGCCAUCAUACCGCCCAGGAAGGAGACACGUUCUGUCUCCUAGAGAUGAACGUACUUUGAUGCGAAAAGUGCAAAUCAAUCCCAGAACAACAGCAAAGGACAUUGUGAAGAUGCUGGAGGAAACAGGUACAAAGUAUCUAUAUCCACAGUAAAACAAGUCCUAUAUCGACAUAACCUGAAAGGCCGCUCAGCAACGAAGAAUCCACUGCUCCAAAUCCUCCAUAAAAAAGGCAGACUACGGUUUUGCAACUGCACGUGGGGACAAAGAUCGUACUGGAGAAAUGUCCUCUGGUCUGAUGAAACAAAAAUAGAAAUGUUUGGCCAUAAUGACCAUCGUUAUGUUUGGAGGAAAAAGGGGGAGGCUUGCAAACCGAAGAACAACAUCCCAACCGUGAAGCACGGGGGUGGCAGCAUCAUGUUGUGGGGGUGCUUUGCUACAGGAGGGACUGGUGCACUUCACAAAAUAGAUGGCAUCAUGAGGCAGGAAAAUGAUGUGGAUAUAUUGAAGCAACAUCUCAAGACAUCAGUCAGGAAGUUAAAGCUUGGUCGCAAAUGGGUCUUCCAAAUGGACAAUGACCCCAAGCAUUCUUCUAAAGUUGUGGCAAAAUGGCUUAAGGACAACAAAGUCAAGGUAUUGGAGUGGCCAUCACAAAGCCCUGACCUCAAUCCUACAGAACAUUUGUGGGCAGAACUGAAAAAGCGUGUGUGAGCAAGGAGGCCUACAAACCUGACUCAGUUACACCAGCUGUCAGUGGGAAUGGGAAGCUUGUGGAAGGCUACCCGAAACAACAUUUGACCCAAGUUAAACAAUUUAAAGGCAAUGCUAACAAAUACUAAUUGAGUGUAUGUAAACUUCUGACCCACUGGGAAUGUGAUGAAAGAAAUAAAAGCUGAAAUAAAUCAUUCUCUCUACUAUUAUUCUGACAUUUCACAUUCUUAAAAUAAAUUGGUGAUCCUAACUGACCUAAAACAGGUAAUUUUUACUAGGAUUAAAUGUCAGGAAUUGUGAAAAACUGAGUUGAAAUGUAUUUGGCAAAGGUGUACGUAAACUUCCGACUUCAACUGUAUAUACCUACCUACCUGUACUCAAACUGGUGGCUGUUGUUAAUGUGUCACAGAGAGAGAGAGAGAGAGAGAGCGAGAGAGAGAGAGAGAGAGAGAGAGAGAGAGAGAGAAAAAACAUAAGACACCUGCCAGUCUAGAAAAGCAACCCAGGUGGUAACAACGGCUGCAUUCCCCAGAUCUGUAUAUUUGCUCUGGAAGGGUUCUAUUCUCUGACUAGGGACAAAAGGAAAGUUAGUUUGUUAUUGUUGUCCAUUAUUGUGUGGAUUUGAAGGAGUGAUGUCAGACUUUCCAGAUAAUGUGGCCACCGAGACCAGCUCCCCCCAGUCCCAACAGGGAGGGUCCAGCUUUCAGCUUGCCAGUAUUUCCAUGGACCUGGGCUUGAUCAAGAGCAUUCCUGGAAUCCUGAUGUUGGCUGAGAUAGGUCUUGGCCUGCUGCAAUGGGCUCUAAUUGCCAGUGCCUCCACCCUUAUUCCUGCCUAUGGCUGGGUGAUGUUUGUAGCCGUUACACUGUGGCUGCUCACCAUUAUCCUCUUCUUCAUGCUCUUCUUUGGCGCCUAUCACAAACUCAGCUCUGUGCCCUGGCCAAUGUUGGUUAUGGUGUAUAAUGCUAUGGCAACCGUUUUGUACCUCACAGCAUUUCUGGUCAAUGCUGCAUCAGUCGCUCCUUACAUUUCAACAUACUUCUACGGCCAUAUGGCAGCUGCUGCGUUUUUUGGCAUUGUGGUGACUUUGUUAUAUGGAGCCAGCACCUUCUUUUCCUAUUUGGCAUGGAAGGGGGAUGGAGGUAAUGCAGCCAGCAACUCUGGUCCUGCAUAGAACUACUCUACUAUCUGUCCUGAUAAACUCUCUCCAUACAGAGAGACUUGGACAGUGUGAACCGAACAGUGUGACAAGUAGAGGAGAUUCCAAACCUGUUCAUCAAAGGACGAGUGUUUUUAUAUACAGUAUACUUUUUUAAAAGAAGCUGGACAUCAAUAGUCUUUUUUAUGUCAAAAUUGUGACUGGAGUGAAGACUGGAAGCAUUUUGCAGACACUUUCAAAGUUGGUUGCUAUGGUAACCCCACCACUGCACAUCCAUCAGUACACACACUCAUCAUGACUCACUCACAUACAUGCUCCCAUACAUAACCUAACCACUAUGAUCACAUACUGUAGGAAAGUGUAAUGAAUAAUACAUCUAUUUAUACUGUUAUAAAGGAGGUAGGUAGCCUAGCGGUUAAGCGGGUUGGGCCAGUAACCGAAAGGUCGCUGUUUUGAAUCCCUGAGCCAACUAGGCUGAUGUGCCCUUGAGCAAGGCACUUAACCCUAAUUGUUCCAAGGUUGCCUUCAAUAAAGGCUGAUCCUUGGCCAUGACCCCACUCUCUGUGGGUGUCUCGGGGGGGGUGGGAUAUGCAAAAAACACAUUUCUAAUUCACAUGUGUUUAAUACACACUUGUGUAUGUGUGAAAUAGGACAAAUGUAAGCACCCACCUAAUUAUUAUAAUACUUGUAGAUACACAGGGAUCCCAAUGGGUUACACGGUCUGUGUGCAACACACGUUCAGAAACGUAUUUUUAUAUAUUCUUUUUUUUUUUCACCAUUGUGAAGACCAAGAGAAUCAUGUUUACUGUUUAUCCAUAUCAGUUCACCUUUUCAAAUAAAGUAGAUUGUGAUUUUACAAAA